AUGCCCGCAACCCUCCACGGCUCCUCCCGCACCCGCAAAUGGCUCCUCUCCUCCCCCCCCAUCGAGUACGUCAUCUCGCUCACCCAAGAGCUCCUCAUCAACGCUCUCCGCCAAGGACCCGUCCCGCAACACAUCGCCUUCGUCAUGGACGGCAACCGUCGCUUCGCGCGCAACAGCCACAUCGAGACCGUCGAGGGCCACAACAUGGGCUUCGAGGCCCUCGCCAAGAUCCUCGAGGUGUGCUACAAGAGCGGCGUCAAAGUCGUCACCAUCUAUGCCUUUAGCAUCGAGAACUUUAAGCGGCCGCUGCAUGAGGUGAACGCCCUCAUGGAGAUUGCGAAGAUCAAGUUGGGCCAGCUGUGUCAGCAUGGGGAUCUGAUGGAUCGCUAUGGAGCGAGUCUGAGGGUGCUGGGGCAUCUGCCGUUGUUGAGGCCGGAUGUGUUGGAGGUGAUUACGCAGGCGACGGAGAUGACGAGGGGGAAUAAAAAGGCGAUCCUAAACGUCUGCUUCCCCUACACCUCCCGCGACGAAAUCACCACCGCAAUCCGCACCAUCGUCUCCCUCUCCACCACGCCCUGCACCUCCACUCCCCCCCCCGGCUCCCCCACAUCCGACAAAUCCAGCAGCUCCUCCACCACCACCACCUCCUCCUCCGCCAACUCCACCACGUCCUCCAAGACGGCAAUACCCUCAUACAUGGACAUCGAGUCCAUCACCGAGCAGACGCUCACGGACCACAUGUUCACGGCCGACUGCCCGCCGCUCGACCUGCUCAUCCGCACGUCGGGCGUCGAGCGGCUCAGCGACUUUAUGCUCUGGCAGUGCCAUAAGGAUACCGAGAUUGUGUUUUUGGAGUGUCUGUGGCCGGAUUUUGAUUUGUGGAAGUUUUUGCCGAUUUUGGUGGAUUGGGGGGUGAAGUGUCGGAGUAGGGGGAAGGCGGGCGGGGGCGCGGGGGGGUUGGAUGUGGUGAAGGAGGCGUAUUAG